AAACCAGGAUUGGUCUGUCACCACUCACCAAGCAAGCCCGUAUGUCCCGUGGAUAGUUCCAUUAUUUUGCAGAGAGUUCGUUAGAAAGAAAAGGCAAAGCUAAGACAUACACAUAAGGCUUUUAUGGUAAAAUUGUAGCCCUUCCCAUCUGAUUCUUUCCACUGCUUGUUUUCAAGAAUCUGGCCAGAAUCAAACGUUAACAGACUCAUUUUUUUCAGGUCUUUUUUUUGUUAUGUUGCAAUGGAGUUUCGUGAGAUAGAAGAGGGUGGAACUGUGACGAGGACAUGGGAGGAGAUGGACAUUGAUAUCUUGGUGAAGAUAUUCCAGUCAUUGACUGUGUUUGAAUUAACUUCAGGCAUUGCUCAUGUUUGUAGUGCGUGGCGUUUGGCUGCUUGUGAUCCUUGGCUGUGGAAAACACUUGAUUUGUCCAUGUUGGAAUCUAAUUUCAUCAAAAUCCCAUUGGAGCCUUAUGUGUACGUGCAUGGUCAUUCUGAUAAGACAUUGACUCGAAUCUUGAAGAUUUCGUUGAGUCUCAGCCGGGGAAAUAUAACUUCGUUGUUUUUUCACUUCAAUUUGUAUGUAAGUGAGGAUCAUUUGACUUAUACUGCUCAAAGGUGCCCACGCCUUCGAAGACUUGUUUUACCAGCAUGGAACCGAGUGGAGACUGUAAUGAUCAAAGCUAUUGAUUUAUGGAAAGAUCUUGAAUCCCUGACAAUGCCAAGCAUAGUGAAUUCCCCUCGUCUUGUUCAGGCAAUUGCUACUAAUUGCAGGAACUUUAGUGAACUCAAGAUCAUGGGACCGUUUGACAUUUAUUUUGCAUCCUCACUCGCUACCUAUCUUCCAACGUUAAAAGUUUUGAGCCUCCGAUGUUCAAAGCUAUACAAGGACACAUUGAUCUUCAUCUUGGAUAAUCUGCGGUGCCUAGAUGUGCUCAACAUAUCGCAUUGCCUUCUAAUACAAAUCCCACCACCUCCUGCACCAGGAAGAAUAGUUAGGCGGCUUGAUAAAACUAUCCUGGAGAAAGCUUCUCGGUUACGCAAAUUCUUAACCUGCAUGAGAGACACUUGCAUCAUGUGUCAACGGACAAGAAAUGAUGAAGGCCUCAUGCGUUGGUACAAGUAUGAAAAAGGGCUAUGGAAGGAAGAUGAGGUCAGGUCUCUUGCUCUUUGAUUUGAGCUUUCCAAGAUCAAAUUUCUGUGGGGUAGAAUGUAUCCUUUUUCUUGGUUAUUCUUUCACUUUAUGCCAGGAACAGAAUAAGACAAUGUUGAAGGAAGCAACUCAGGGCUUCCUGUCUAUUUUAUGUUAGUUGUGGUGAUAAAAAGCCAAACUCUGGGUAGUUGUAGAGGGCUGAAGAUUUUCUGUUAAUGCUCGUAGAUGUGUGUAUGUGUAUAUAUAUGCUAAAUUGCACUGUUUUGUUGUUUUUA